AUGUAUGCUCUCAAGGAUGAGGAUUUGGGGUCCAGAGGAAAGGGUCGCCGCCUGGAAUGUACGGUGUGCGGCCACAGCUGGUUUCAAAGCCGUGAUCGAAUCAUGAGUAUGAGAGAUGGAAUGGAAUUGGUGGAACGGCCGCAAUAUGAAAUUGACCGCAUCAUGCUCAACAUUCAAGAAAACAAAAGUCCUGGCUUUGUUGGAGACUUUAAACUAUAUGUGGGAAAUAUCGCUUUUGAAUGUAGCGAACAAGACAUUUACAAUACAUUCAAAGAAAUUGGAUCUGUGGGAGAAGUUUCUCUCGUACGAGAUGAUAUUGGAAGAAAUAGAGGAUUUGGAUUUGUUACCAUGCGAACUGCACAAGAUGGAGAAGCUGCCAUGGCACAAUUGGAUGGAACCGAGAUCAAUGGACGCAACAUUGCCGUAAGACCUUCCAACAAUUAACUUUUAAAACAACAAAAAACACAC